GCAUUACGGGAUAAAACAGAUCUUUGAGGAAGUCCAGAGUGUGCAUAUAAAGCCGGUUGCCAAAAUUGCAGAAACACCUUUGGUCCACAAUAGUUUCUUGACACGGAACAUCGUACAACCGACAGGGCAGUACAGUGGAUAACUGUUGGGUGGCGCUAUCGUCGUUCUCGUUUCGCAGUACUUUCUGGAACCUCAUGGUCUCACCAUGGAGAAAGUGACACAGUUGAAAGACCAGGGAAACAAGGCCCUGAGUGCAGGGAAGAUCGAAGAGGCAGUGCGCUGCUACACUGAAGCGCUGGCCCUCGACCCUUCCAACCAUGUCCUCUUCAGCAACCGGUCAGCAGCACACGCCAAGAAGGGCGACUAUGACAGCGCGCUGCAGGACGCAUGUCAGACCAUCAAGAUCAAACCCGACUGGGGAAAGGGCUACUCCAGGAAGGCCGCAGCGCAGGAGUUCCUAGGGCGGUUCGAGGAUGCCAAGGCCACGUAUCAGGAGGGACUGAGAAAUGAGCCAGGGAACCAGCAGCUCAAGGAGGGGUUACAGAACAUUGAGGCACGGCUAGCAGAGAAGAAGAUGAUGAACCCCUUCGCCACUCCCAACAUGUUUGAGAAGCUGGAGGGCGACCCCAGGACCCGCGCCCUGCUGUCUGACCCCAGCUACAGAGAGCUCCUGCAGCAGCUAAAGGACAAGCCCUCAGAGCUGGGCACGAAGCUGCAGGAUCCUCGGGUAAUGACCACCCUGUCUGUCCUGCUGGGCCUGGACCUGGCUGGGAUGGAUGAGGAGGACGAGCCCUCCCCCCCUCCCCCCCCCAAACCCAAAGAGACGAAGCCGCCCACCCCCAAAGAGGAGGACCUGCCCGAGAACAAGAGACAGGCUCUGAAGGCGAAGGAGUUGGGGAAUGCUGCUUACAAGAACAAAGAGUUUGAUUCUGCCCUGAAACACUAUGAAGAAGCUGUCAAACACGACCCUACCAAUAUGACUUACAUCUCCAAUCAAGCAGCUGUGUUCUUUGAGAAGGCUGAGUAUGACAAGUGCCGGGAGCUGUGUGAGAAGGCGAUCGAUGUGGGCCGCGAAAACCGAGAGGACUACCGGCAGAUCGCCAAGGCCUUGGCUAGGAUCGGGAACUCGUACUUCAAGCAGGAGAAGUACGCGGAGGCCACGCAGUUCUUCAACAAGAGCCUGACGGAGCACCGAACGCCCGACGUGCUCAAGAAAUGCCAGCAGGCGGAGAAGUUCCUGAAGGAGCAGGAGAAGCUGGCAUACAUCAACCCCGAGGUGGCGCUGGAGGAGAAGAACAAGGGCAACGAGGCCUUCCAGAAAGGAGACUACCCCGUAGCCAUGAAGCAUUACUCUGAGGCCAUCAAAAGGAACCCAGAAGAUGCCAAGCUCUUCAGCAACAGAGCCGCCUGCUACACCAAACUGCUGGAGUUCCAGCUAGCACUCAAGGACUGUGAGGACUGCAUCAAGCUGGAUCCAACCUUCAUUAAAGGUUACACCCGCAAGGCAGCUGCCCUUGAGGCCAUGAAAGAUUUCACCAAAGCGAUAGAUGCCUACCAGAAAGCUCUGGAGCUUGACGCCAACUCCAAGGAGGCGACAGAGGGCAUCCAACGCUGCCUGAUGAGCCAGUCUGUGAGGAACGACAGCCCGGAGGAUGUGAAGCGUCGGGCCAUGUCUGACCCGGAGGUGCAGCAGAUCAUGAGUGACCCCGCCAUGCGCAUGAUCCUGGAGCAGAUGCAGAAAGACCCUCAGGCACUCAGCGAUCACCUAAAGAACCCAGGUAUUGCUCAGAAGAUCCAGAAGCUCAUAGACGUGGGACUGAUAGCCAUCCGGUGAUGAGAGGAUGGCUCAGGACAGGGCUACACACAUGAAGAAACGGCAACUAGAGGAUCCAGACGCCAUUCCCUCAAUACACAACAUCCUCCGCCACCCAUAACCAUUUACUGUGUUUUCGGCCAAACAUCUGGCCACAUUGCUUUUACCCCCACCUUAUGUCAUGGCCUUAAAUUAUUUCAUUCAAAAGUACCUAAUCUCUCUCUCUCCAUCUCACAUAUCUACAAACUUUAAGGUUACCACAGGACCUUCAGAGCCUAACUAAGAAUUAGAAAAUAUGUAGAGACAUUUAAACAGUCUGGGUCAGACUGUUUAAAUGUCGGAGGGAGGGGGGGGUGUGUCCAUGACAGGGUUACCAACUCAUCUGUUUGAUGCUCCGAUCGAUGUCUAUUGAUGGAAAUCUAAAAUAGUGGUAGUGUUGAGGUGCGAUGUGGAUAUGCCUUAGUAACGUGUUUGGCGCUCAUUUCUGUCGAAUAAAGCAAAUCGGUUAAAAAAUCUAAACCUCACACAUUCGGUCUAUGGAGUGCCGCUUGCUCAAAUUUAUUGUUACAGUUCUGGAAAGUUCAGGUGAUUUGAAGUUGGUCGAUAAGUACAAAUUUUCCGCCUCUGUUCCCCUUCGAAGGGAAAGCUGAUGCCGUCAUGUGACCCCCCCCCCCCCCCCCCCCCAUGUACCCAUGUGGAUCUUUCACAUCGACAGGGAAUGGAAGGAGAGUAGUGUGUAAAAAGACGCAUUGAUUCAUGCUUACUUUUAUUCAUUUUCAGCAUUUCCACCAUAGCCUUGGAUCAGCUAGAGUUUUCUUCUUUUUUUUUUUUUUUAACAGCACGUGGUGCUACUAAAUUGUAGUGUAGAAACAUGUGAGGGUUUGGUCAUGUGUGUCAAUGAAAACACGUCAAGCACAUCAAACAACAUUCGGCGCUCACUCACGCUGUUGUAUGUCAAAGAUGAAGCCCCGAAACUGUAUUGUACAAGUGAAAUUAAUCCUGCAAAUAUAUCUGAAUGUAUUUCUAAGCUCA